AUUUUGCCUAUUGUGAAUUCCUUGACUUUUUGAUCAUAGUUUUUGCGCAAUUAAAGAUCACUAGCUUUAAGGUUUAGAUUUGUACUGUUUUUUGGGUUUACUAAACUUGUCUAAUUUCAUCUUAUUUAUGAACCCGUUUGAUUUAUGUGAAAAGACUAUUUGAAAAUGUCUUCAUGGAAUCAAUCACGCUUGCGUGGUCACUUUUGCAUUUGUGUAUGUUCUUGCUCGAACAAAGCUUGUAGUAUUAAUCAAGGUGAAAAAGAGGAUGCACCAUUGAAAACAUGUGACAAGAAAGAAACAAACCAUCAAGGCAACUGUCAUCCAUGGAAAAGUCGUCAAACUAGGACUAUUGCAGGGUUUCAAAACAAACACAUUGUUUUAACGGAUUUCGAUAACAAAUUACAAUUAUUAUUAAUUGAAGCCCUAGUACGUUUAGCCUAUGACAAGCAGCGCAGUGAAGAAUUUUAUAACCAGUUGUGGAGCAAUUAUAUAAGAACGUUUUCUUCUUUUCAACAUGCUUGCGAAAUUCACUACCUGGAAAAAUUAAUCGAUUCAGUGAGCGCUUGUAUUUUAGAAAACCUGUUACAAGAGCAUUUGAGUAAAAACCGAAAUAUUUUAGGGCAUAUGCACAGCUAUAACACUAAACAAAUCGUCCAUUUCUCCAAUCCCUUAAGUAACCCCAAAUCAGAGCCUAGUGCACGAGAGUUACAUAAGGUGUGCGUUAUUCUCAACCAUACAGAAGGCCUUUCUGCUAUAGUACCUCAAACAAACCAGGAAAAUUUUUUUAUUUCAAAAAAAAAAAUCAAUGAUUGUCGUCAAGAAUCAAUUCCUACCAUGCAUUCUUCUACACUGACAGUAGAAGAAAAAUGGAAAACUAUGUCGUGUUUAAGCAGCACUUAUGGAGAAAUACCGGAAGCUCGAACGGGCGAGAGCGUUGGGGUGUCCCAAAGCAACUCUCGACAUUCAAAAGACGCUUCCCCUUUACGCAUACAGGAAAGGGACAACACUCCAACAGUCGUUACAGAAGAGUCUUAUCCUUUAGUUUAUUCUAGGGAAAAUACCAUGAAUACUUUUUCUUCUUCUCCAUUAAAAGAAAAAGAAGAAAUCUUUUAUGGGCCAAACCAUUGCAUGUUUGAUAAACCUUUUGAAAACGACAAGACGUGUGAUAAAACGGACGUUUUUUCCUUAAUUUCAAGUUCCCCGCCUUGGAGUUGUUCUUCAAGUCACGGACUAGACUAUCAUACUUUAAAGAAUCUCAAACAUGAAACAAAGGAAACUUAUGCGAGUGCUGACUGGGUGAGCAAAAAACAGACGCCUUUAGUUCAAUCCUUUUCUACCAAUUCAGAUUCUUUUCAUCCAAGAAGAUCUUCUCGCUUGACUUUUAAUUCAAAAGAAUCCAUUCUUCAUGACGCUCCGGUGCCUCUUUCCAUACUAGAUUCAUUUUAUUCAAUGUUUGAUACUUCGAAUCGUGCCAUUCCACAAACGGAACCCAAUAUCAACCUUGAUUUGAAAACUUGGUGUCUUCAUGAUUGUCAUGAAACCUCCACAAAAAAGGUGUUCAAUCUACCGAAUAACAUACACUAUGCCUAUGCACUACGCUGUUCUAACAUCACAGUCAUGGCGUCAACAUGUGUAGAAUAUUUUGUUUUUGAGUCCUGUAUUACUGCUGACGCUACAAUCCAGGAUAUUUUGAAUUCACUGCACCUUAAGCAUUCUUCUGACAUGGCUUUAACAAUCGAGGGCUAUUGCUCAUGUAUCUACUUAUUGGAAUGUCACAAUGUAAAAUUAGUAUUAAAAAGUGGAAGCCGUUAUGCCACAUUUUAUACCCAGGGAUGCUCCAAUAUUCAGUUAUAUGCUACCAAAGUGUCUUCGCAGGGCUGUUUUUUAAUGGACGAAGACCCCUUACAAUUAACACUCCCUGAGGAAAAUACAUUUCAACUCGAUCUUCAGACUCUCACACUUCAUCUCAAACCAUUCGAGAACCCCGCCUCUUUUAACAUUGCUGAAAUGUCACGCACUUGUUCGAGCGAUCCGUCCUACGAAGAGACUUUUGAAGGUCGACCGCAUAUGUCUCUGCAGCAGAACAAUACGCGUGACUCCUCUAACGUGACCACAAAUGAAACUCUAGCAUCGUAUCAGGAAGGUUCUAUCAGCAGUUCUCAAGUGUUUGCGGAUCAAGAAACCAAUGAUAGAAUGGAAGAUCAAAUCAGUGAUGUGGAGUCUUACAGUCAUCAGUCUUCUAGCCAUUGUUCCAUUGAUCGAAGCGGAAAUGAUCUUACAAAUACUAGCCGAGAAUCGGGAACAGUACAACAAGCAGUGGAUUCAGACAGCCCUUUGAACCAUGUACACUCAUCUUUAGAGGUUGAACAUAAGCCGUUUACCACGUCAUCCUGUAAUGGUUUGGACACGGAAGAAAACAAUUUAAAAAAUUUCACAACUUUUUGUUGCUUGAAUAAGAACAUCAUCAAAUCAACUAGUGAUUUGAAUAACUCUUCACGAAACAUAAGUCGACCACCUUGUACUACAUUGUCUUUGAAAAAACAUGCAGCCCAGUCUUUGCAAUGCGUCUUUAAAAACUCUUCUUUACACACUACCACAGGAACCAUUCGAAAAAGCGUCCAGAAAAUGGGCGCAGCGUCACAAGAUUAUCUUUUGAAUACUAUUUGGGGACACCAAAUUUCAGAAACCCAGCCUUUUCUUAUGAAUAAAGAUUCACGUCAUGACAAACAUUUACAAAACACAAAACUUGAAAAUGUCUUGCAGGUUUCAAAUAGCAUUUUAUGUUCAUAUGCGUCUCAGCAUCAUGAAAGGAACGCUCGAACAGUCGCGUCCCAGUCUUGUUGUCUCAGUUAUAAAAAUGUAACCCCUUCGGUACACUUACCUUCAAAAAAUGUGGUUUUGUUUUGGGAAAAGAACAUUCAUCAUAACGAGAGCACUGAAACCUCUCAAUUUAUGUUGGCUAACAAAAAAACCCAGUCUUUUUUAAGCUUUCCUUCACGACUUUUAACAAAAAGAGUACCGGUAACGAAAAAUGAUGCGAACAUGAACGAUUCUAGCAUCAUUAUCAUUAACAAAGUAACAAAACAAUUCACUAAAAACUUCAUACGACCCUCUUUAAACGGAAAACACAACAUUUCUUUAAGCCGUUCAAGUCUACCUUUCGAAUCGGUGCUUCCCUUUUUGUGUCACUCUCGUUUGAAUACAGCAGGGAAAGACAAAAAAACAGACGCCAUUAGCUGUCAACAAGUGGCUCGGUUCAAAUCUAUUAAGAGUCGUCAUUCCUCACCAUUUCCUUUGCAACAAGAUUUCAAAAAGAAAUCCUUGUCUCAGUGUUCUUCCGAAACCAACUACGGCAUACACUCUUUCAUUGUACCAGCUUACGCUUUUUCCAAAAUACUUCCCGUGACAAAUGUUUUAUGCACAUUUUCUUCACCUUCUGUUCAAUCGAUUGACAAUGAUGCUUCUGUUCUGCCUUACUUUUCUACAACUCUUCAUCAACAGUUACCUGAAAAAGAUAAAAAGAAUAUUUUCUCAACCUCUACUUUGUGUACACCAACAAAUGGAGUCACGCCUCUUUCAUUUUCGUUACUCACCUCAAGUUUUAAAACAUCAUUUCUUGCACCUCACUCUUUUCAAAAGAAACCUUUACGAAAAGUAUCAAGUCUUGUAGUUCAGGGAAAAGUAAAUGGGACGAGUAAUGUUUCUAAAAAGAAAUCUCAAAGAAACCGUUCAGCUCAUGUGAUCCAACAACAGUCAAAUAAACGGUAUAUUGCUUUCAAGAAUGACUCAAGUAUGUGUCACUUUCAACUUGCAUCACUUAUUUCAAGUUCAUCAAAACCGUUAAUGGAUUAUAAAAGAAAACAUACUAAGAAACUCACGCAACCUUUAUCUCUCGAAUCGGUUCUUUAUCGCUCGAAAACAACACACGCUCUUUGGAAUACUGACGAAAGUCCCAGAAUUCCCAAAAAUUUACGGAUAUAUUCUUUUUGUAAAGAAAAUCAAGGUUUUCAUGCAUUGCCAGCACACGACUCACAACAAUUACAAUUGACUAGAAAGAAAUCUUCUAAUUAUCAUUUUAGGUACAAACAUGUUGACUUUAACAAACAUCACCCACAAGUCUCACGUACACUCGCUUGUUACUCGGACCCUAUUUCACCUGAGUGUCAUUUAACAAACGGCUUUAUUAAACCUUUUUUCAUUAAAAAAACUUCUAAACGAUUAACCAAUUCAAUCAAAAUUGGUUCAUUGAAUGUCGCUAAGCUUCUUUCUUCACACCAACGUGAACCUCCUUUUUUACCUUCCAAAAUGGUCUCACUAGGUUUCAACCCGUUCGCCAUCCAAUUGUAUAAAGAAACAUAUUUGGUAAAAAGUUCUAAAACUCCUCACACGUUUUCUUCCACGCCUCAAGUUGAAUGGCCCAGGUUCCCAACUAAACUGACGCCACUCAAAACAUUUAACGCUUGGAUUGUACCUCAACAUUUACCUACAAUCUUUUUAAAGAAAAAAAUUAUUCCUACCAAUACCAAUUUUUCAACUAACAAAGUUUUGGUACACUACAAAAAAAAAAAUAGGGACAGAUUUGAAAAUAAUACUUUGAUCAAAAUAAAAAUUAAACAUGAUGCUUUAGACUAUUUUAAAAAAGCAAUUCGACCAAAUGUAAUUUCCACAAAAAACCAAUUCACAAGUGUUAUUUCUAUAAGUCCACCCAUUCUAAAAACGAUAACGGGGGAUGCUUUCCAGUUUGAAAGCUUUAGCAUGAAACAAAUUCGACCCGAUUCAAACGACGUCAUUUCACCUAAGAAAUCAAAGCCUAAGGUUUUCAAUUGUAUUGAUCGGCAUCAGAACCAACUUUAUAGUUAUACGAAAAAAUACUCUAAUGUAGGUAAAAGUAAUAAUAAGGGUAAGCAGCACAAUCAACACUCCCUUGAUAUACACUUGUUUUUUUAUCAAGACACGAGUUUUGUUUUACUAAAGCCAAAAAUUUUCAAACAAAAAGCUCAGAUAAAAUCCACGGUAGUAUGUCUUCCUCAAAAAAAUAUUUCCUUCAACACAAACUGUACGACAUCAACGCAAAUUCCUUCACACAAAUUUUGUGCUUUAAAACUACCCGUAAUGAAUCCUACAAUGCAAAACGCAUUCAAGCCUACUCAAGUAGUACGUCAAGUUGCACUCCUUAACUCAGGUAAACACAACCUCGUUUCAAACCCUCAGUUUCACAAGAGAACUUCUAUUUCCAGUCAUUCUCAAUGUCAAAAGUCGCGCACCUCAUUGAAAGACUUUAUGAAUCAUUUGGAAACCAACAGUGGCGACAUUGAAAAUUCAAAUAGUUGCAGUGCAUCUUCGACUAAGGAUGAUAACUGUGUUUCACAUAAGAGUCACCAAACGGACAUACCUCUGAAAACAGAUGGUACAGUGCAACCAACUUCUGUACGCAACAGUGAUUAUCCAAACGAAAUGAAGUAUGACCAUAGUUUACCUAGUUCACUAAACGACGUUCGACCGAAAUGUUCUUUACCAAAAGGAAAAGUAGCACCCAAGGUUUCGCCUAAUAGUAGUGUCUUAUUGAAUUGUGUGAACAACUUGACAAUUAACGAAAAGGAACAAGUGAGUGAGUUGACACAGGUGAAAUAUACGACAAGUGAUGGUUUUUAUAAAAACAAGACUCAUGCACUUAACGUAAAAACUAUACAGUCUCUAUGCCACCCGAAAAUAAUUUUAAAAGUCCAUCCCAAAAUAUCGCGUUUUGAAAAAAACAAGUUUCACAAAAGGUGAUUUCUGGAAGACCAGAAGAAGAUAAAAGGAAUUUUUUUUUGUUUUUUGAUGAAAAUAAAAAGGUGUGUUAUGUAUAUAGACUGUACCACUUGUUUUGAUUCGUUUUCACAAUUCAUUCGAAAGACUGUUUAAUGGGAACAUUGAAAAAGGUUUCAUGUUUUUGCUA